AUGAAAACUGAAAUCGAUCGAUUAAAAAUAACAUUAACAUCAAAUGGCUACCCACCGCAUAUUAUCAAACGUGGCAUUAGAGAAGGUGGUAUAAUCACUAAGCGUAUUUUACAGCAGCCACAACAGAAAACAGUAAAAACAGUAUUCUUUGUAUUACCAUAUUAUGGCCAAGAAACAUUUAUAUUUUCACAACGUAUUAAAAAGAUUUGUCGUAAGCUACUGCCUCACCUGACACUAAACUUUGCGUUUCGGAAACACUCAACAAUAAAAAGCGUAUUUUUGUCUUUGCAAAAAGGGCAAGAUCCGGAAAAAAGAAUGAAAAAGUUAGUUUAUAAAAUCAAUUGUAAAAACUGUGAUAAACAUUAUUUUAGCGAAACUGGACGAACACGUAGUAAACGUAUGACCGAUCAUAAACGAGCAAUCAGGAACAAUGAUGAAAGUUCGAAGCUAGCUAAACAUGUAUACGCCAAUAAUCACACAGUAGAUAUUGAUAAAGUAGAAACAAUGUCUCUGGAAACUAGCUGGAGACGACGUAUAAUAAAAGAAAGUUUGUAUACACAUAACAGUGCGGAAAAAGCAUUUAAUGACACUAAACAUCAACUUCGAGUUUUCGGAUGA